AAGCGGCGUGAGCUUGUUGCCGGGGGCGCCGUGUCCGGACCAGGGUCGCUUCGGUCACCGAAGCGCGCAGCCUGUCGCCAUGUCGCGACUUAUCGUCAAGAACCUUCCUAGCGGGAUGAAGGAAGAGCGAUUCCGGCAGCUUUUCUCAGCCUUUGGCUCCCUGACUGACUGCAGCCUCAAAUUCACCAAGGAUGGCAAGUUUCGUAAGUUUGGCUUCAUCGGUUUCAAGUCUGAAGAGGAGGCUCAGAAUGCCCUGGACCACUUCCAUAGGAGCUUCAUUGACACUUCUCGGGUCACGGUGGAGUUCUGCAAGUCAUUUGGAGACCCAUCUAAGCCCCGAGCCUGGAGCAAACACUCCCAGAAAAUCACCCAGCCAGGGAAACCUGAAAAAAGCCCUGUGGCUUCAGAAACUCAGAAGGACAAAAAGAAGAAAAAGGCAACAGGAGAAUUGGAAAAGCUGAAGAAAGAUGCAGAGUUUCAGGAAUUCCUGAUGGUUCAUCAGAAGCGAACACAGGUGGCCACUUGGGCAAAUGAUACUGUGGGAGUGGAACCAAAGAAAGGGAAGGCCAAGAGGGAUGAGGACUACCUCAACUUUGAUUCUGACUCAGGGCAAGAGAGUGAAGAGGAAAUAGAUGAUGAAGACUCUGAAAAGGAAAGCCCUGCAGUGAAGGCAGCGGAGCAGAAGGAGCUUUCCGACAUGGAUUACUUGAAAUCCAAGGUGGUGAGAGCAGAUUCCUCAGAGGAGGAGGAAAGUGAAGAUGAGGCCAUGGCGAGUGAAGGGGAAGAUGGCGACGAGGAGCAGGAGCAAGAGGGGCUGACACCAGGCGCCAGAGGCUCCAAGAGCCUUGGGGAGAAGGGGGCCAGCCCAGGAGAAGGGUGUACCGUGGGCAGUAGGCCCCCAGCAGCCAGGGGAGAGGUGACGAAGCCAACCACCCAGUCCGAGCCCACCACUGCUUACACGGUGAAGCUGCGUGGAGCACCAUUUAAUGUCACUGAGCAAAAUGUUAGGGAGUUCCUGGUGCCCCUGAAGCCUGUGGCCAUCCGCAUCGUGAGAAAUGCUCAUGGGAACAAGACAGGUUACGUCUUUGUUGAUUUCAGCAGCGAAGGGGAUGUGGAGAAAGCCUUGAAACACAACAAAGAAUACAUAGGCGGCCGCUACAUUGAGGUGUUCAGGGAGAAGGGGACCCAUGUGACCCCGAAGCACCAGAAGGACCACAAGAAGGUGUGGCAGGGCCGAGAGCUCAAGGAGGGCGAGGAGGAGGAGGACCUGGCCGACUCUGGGAGGCUCUUUGUGAGGAACCUGCCUUACACCAGCACCGAGGAGGACCUCGAGAAGAUAUUUGCCAAAUAUGGUCCCCUGUCCGAAGUCCAUUAUCCCAUAGAUGGCCUGACCAAGAAACCGAAGGGCUUUGCUUUCAUCACAUACAUGUUCCCUGAGCAUGCAGUGAAGGCCUAUGCGGAAGUGGACGGACAGGUCUUCCAGGGCCGGAUGCUCCACGUGUUGCCCUCCACCAUUAAGAAGGAGACCAGUGAAAACUCAGAUGCAGCCUCAUCCUCCUACAAGAAGAAGAAGGCAUUGAAGGACAAAGCCAGCAGUUCCAGCUCUCACAACUGGAAUACACUGUUUAUGGGGACAAAUGCCGUGGCUGAAGCUGUAGCACAGAAGUACAACGCCACAAAAAGCCAAGUGUUCGACCAUGAGAUCAAAGGCAGUGUGGCUGUACGGGUGGCCCUGGGGGAGACUGAGCUGGUCCAGGAGGUGCGUCGGUUCCUGAUUGAGAAUGGCGUGAGCCUGGAUUCCUUCAGCCAGGCCGCUGGGGAGAGGAGCAAGUCUGUGAUUUUAGUGAAGAACCUCCCCGCAGGGACUCGGGCCUCCGAGCUGCAGGAGAUCUUCAGCCGCUAUGGCAGCCUAGGCCGCGUGCUGCUGCCCGAGGGAGGCAUCACAGCCAUUGUGGAAUACCUGGAGCCUCUAGAAGCCAGGAGAGGCUUCACCAGCCUGGCCUAUUCCAAGUUCCAUGAUGUUCCCUUGUAUCUGGAAUGGGCACCAAUGGGUGUCUUCUCUUGCCACCCCCCUCAGAAGAAAGAACAAGGAGAUGAACCUGGAGGAAAAGAGGCUGCUCAGACUGAGGCUGGACCAGAGGGUGAAGCUGCAGAAAACACCCCAGGGAAAGGAGCAGCAGCCCUUGAAGAAAAACCAGACGCCACUGGCGAAGAAGAGGAUGAUGAAGAUGAAGAAGAUGAGAGUCUUCCUGGUUGUACUUUGUUCAUCAAAAACCUCAAUUUUUCUACAACAGAGGAGAUGCUGAAAGAAGUUUUCUCAAAAGUUGGAACUGUGAAGAACUGCACUAUUUCCAAGAAAAAGAACAAAGCAGGAGUUUUACUGUCCAUGGGGUUUGGCUUUGUGGAGUACAGGAAGCCAGAGCAGGCCCAGAAAGCCCUCAAACAGCUCCAGGGCUGCAUGGUGGACGACCACAAGCUGGAAGUGAAGAUCUCCGAGAGAGCCAUCAAGCCAGCUGUGACGUCAGCUCGGCAGAAACAGACGGCCCGAAAACAGAGGACAUCUAAGAUCUUAGUCCGGAACAUCCCAUUCCAGGCCAACGUGCGGGAAAUCCGAGAGCUAUUCAGCACCUUCGGGGAGCUAAAGACAGUCCGUCUGCCAAAGAAGAUGACAGGGACGGGCCCCCACCGAGGAUUUGGCUUUGUGGAUUUCUUAACCAAACAAGAUGCCAAGAGAGCUUUCAACGCCCUGUGCCACAGUACCCAUUUAUACGGCAGAAGACUGGUCCUCGAGUGGGCAGACACUGAAGAGACGGUCCAAGCCUUGAGGAGGAAGACAGCUCAGCAUUUUCAUGAUUCCCCAAAGAAAAGGCGGUCUGUGGUGUUGGAUGAGAUCCUGGAGCAGCUGGAGGAGGGCGAGAACGAGGACAACGAGUAGCAAAUACUUCAGCUGCGCUCUGGCGGAGAGAGGAGAUGCAGCAAGGAUGAAUGCCACAUUUCCAGGGUCAGACUCAAGAAGAGACAUUCCCAGAACCUCGGGACCGCGAAGGGCUUUUACAGUAACCCAUACCUGAACCAGGGAUCCCCUCCCCUUGAGAGCCAAGAUGAUUCCAUUCUUCAUACCCAUGUCACUAGGGCCUGGCACACAGUAGGUUCUUAAUAAAUGUUUGCUGAUUGCUCAGUCUCUGGCCUCCUCUUGCCAGUCACUAGAGGGGAACCCUGAAGCCCCUGGAGGUAGCCCUCCCGUUUUCGUGUAGCUUUCAUCAUGAGGAAUUUCUUCCUGCCUUUAAGCCAAAAUCUGCCUCUUCAGCUACCACCUGUUGCCUGUGGGGCCCAGCAGACCUUUCCCAUGCAGGAGGGUGAGGCAGUUCUCCCUGGGCUAUUUUUGAAUGGCUCCCAGUCCUCUCUCCAUCCUGGAUUCAUUCUACUUAGCAUGCCCUUCUAGAAUCACAGCCCAGAAGAGAAUAGAGCCCUCCAGAUGUGGCUUGACCAGAAUCAAGUAGAGCAGGCCCUCUUUCCUCCUUAAGAUGCAGCCGGAGAGUCUCUUAGUUCUUUGUUGGCCCCCCGCCACACUGUUGGCUCACUUGGCUUGUGGUUCACUUAAAUCUCUGCAUCUUUUUUAGCUAGCACAGGGUAUUGGUUAGCCAAUUAAUUAGCCAAUUAACCAAUAGCCAAUUGGUUAGCUAUUAAUCCCCAAGUCCAAGCAGCCACUGACCCCGUGGGCUCAUUAUGGUUUGGAAAUUGUCUCCUGACCCUGCUUUUUUGGUAUUCUGGUCACCUUGUAUCUUGGAACAAAGAUAGGGAGGACAUUUAAUGCACAGGAUUCAGAGUCAAAGGAAGACCUGGAUUCGAAUCCUAUGUCUUGCUACCUUGGUGAAGCGGGCCUUCAUUCUAUUACUUGUAAACUGAGAAAACUGGCCUAGAUAAUCUCCUCCCAGGUCCCUUCUGACUCUGAGUCUGUGGUCCUUUGACCAGUGGCCAGACAACAGAGCAGGAUGAGUCACAUGCCAAGCUUUAGUCUGCAUGGUCCUUGACCUUCCAGGCAAAGCUUGUUCCUGGGGGGAGAAGCUUUGUUCUGGCUUUAGCCCAACCACAACCACCUGCCCUCCCCUCCAUCCAGGCAGACGCCACUGCAGUAGGCUUGCUAACCUUUCCUCUGCCUCCCCUUCUGCUAGACUUGGGGAACCUUGAAGGGCUAGGGAUCUGUGACUCCAGUGCCCUCAGGUCGUGCCAGUGUGACAGGGCCGGUGCCUGAGGAAGCUUCUCAUGAAAUACAGCAUUGUACCCCAGACGGUGGCAUAAAUCAAGCCUGGGCUGGUAUUAGCCAGAUGUAACAAAUGAAUGGGUGCACACAUGAGUGCACACAGACACACAACACCCACACACAUGUGCAUGCACACCGUAGCCAGUGAGUUGUCAAGUGCUGUCUCCUCAAUAUCUCUAACAUCAAACAAUCAAUUAAGAAGCAUUUAUUAAGAAUCUGCUGUAUGCCAGGCACUGUCCCUGCCCUCAAGUAGCUCCCAGUCUAAUGGGGGAGACAAGAAGCAAGCAAAUAUCUGCACAUAAACAGUGUACAAGAUAAACAGGAAAUGCAUGACUGAAGGGAGACACUAGAAUUGGGAGGGGUUGGGAAAGGCUUCAUGUAGAAGGUGGGAUUUUAGCUGGGAAGUCAGGAGGCAGAGAUGAGGAGAGAGAGCAUUCCCAGCAUGGGCAUCAACCAGUGCAAAUGCUUGGAGUCUGGAGAUGGAGUAGCUUGUUGGUGGAACAAACAGGAGGUUGGUGUCACAUCUGUCACACCCCCCACCACCCAUUCAGGCUCUUAAGCAUUCUUUGGCCUACGCUGUUGAUCUCCCUGCUUUUCCAGCUCAUCUUCCAUACAAUUACCAAAACUAUUCUUAAAAUACAGCUCUGAUCACAUCACUCCUCCAGUCAAGAAUCUUCUGUGGCUCCCUCUUAUCGCCUGCAAAAUAAAUUACAAACUCUUCCACUUGGCAUUUAAAGCCCUUCCUUCAUGGUCUGCCUUCCUCUCCAAGCCUGGCUGUCUGAGCUUAUUUCACAUACCAACCCCUCGGCCUGCUUAUGGGUCUCUGAACACAGAGGUCCAUGGACCAUCUUCCACCUGCUUGCCUCAGUGACAUUCCUUCCUCACGUCUGUCUCCUAGAAGCCCCUUCCAAUUCCACACCUUCGUAUUGUUACCAUCUUCCCUAAUUAUGUUGGAUUUAUCCAUCUGGGUAACUAGAGGAGAGUUUAUAUAAUGUAUGUGUCUGCAUGUCCAGUUAGAGACACAGAAUGUCAGUUCCCUGAGGGCAGAGACCAUUCAUUAUUUUAUCUUUGGAUUCACAUCACCUGACCCAACACAUUUCUUUUUCCAUAGACCUAGGAUUUUAUCAGCAUGAGGUGCUCCUGUUGUUGACUCUCCUUCCACUGAUGGGCUUUAGCAGCUUCUCUGCAGUAGUUGCCUGGACCCUGAGUGGUUAAGCAGUUCCCCCAUGGUUACACCAGUGGGUCAGAUGCAGGACCUGAGUUCUUGACUCUUGCCUUAUGCAUAGUAGGUGCUUAUUAAAUGCUUCUUCAAUCUAACUUAAAAGGAAGUGCCUCCUAAAUGAUCCUGUCACACCUACCCCCCUUAACCCAGUGGUCCCCUUUGGCCUCUAGAGUCAAAAAUAAAACUCUCCAUUUGACAGUCAAAGCCCCUCAUAACCUGGGGUCCCUCCCUCCACCUUCCUGGUCUUUGCUCCCCAGCACUCAAUGGUCCAGUGACACCAACCACCUUAAUGCCCUUCCAUGCCUCACUUCCAGGCAUUUAUAUUGGCUGGUGUUCUCUGCUUCCUGACUUUCCUCCAGACUCAGCUAAAAUCCUCCAUUCUCCAGGAAGCAUGCCUGAGCCUCCUUAAUCCUACUGCCCAUCCUCUGGGGGGUCUCUCCAGGUCAUCCCACCAAUGGCUCAUCUGUACAGAGUUGUCACCUCUUCCAUUCAACUUUGAUGAGCUCUCUUUGAGAACAAGGUCUAGUUUUUGCCUUUCUUU